AUGAACAGGCAAGAACACGAAGCCUCGUUUUGUCUACAUCGCCCGAGAAUUAAUUCUCUACAGGACCCGCGCAAUGACGUCUGUGUUCGUGUGGUGCAAAACACUACUCUAGUAGAUGGAUUGGGCGGUGAGGUAUGGGCUGGUGCUAUCGUUCUUUGUGAGUUCCUGGAAGCGCACGACCAGGAUGUUGUGCUAGGACGCGACGUAAUCGAGUUGGGUGCUGGCUGUGGUCUGUGUGGACUCGUGGCUGCCUCGCUAGGCGCCAAAACAGCCUUCCUGACGGACGAGUAUCCAGAUCUACUGGCAAGAAAUAUCGCCAGGAACCGCCAUCUAUGGGAAGAAAUGGAAAAUGGAAGUGUAUCAAUUAUUGCUUUUAGCGGAGCGCUGGAGUGGGGUGUUGCCGAGUCCAUCUCACCGUACGCCAACAAAUUUGAUACCGUGAUAGGCAGUGAGAUCACUCAAGUGGGCCGAGAUUUGCAUGUACCGCUACUUGAAACGAUACUCUGUGUCCUCCGUCCUAAAGCCAUGUCCCUAGCGCUACUCUCGAUGGAUUUGUGCCGAGCUGGCUGCAAGGGGAAGUGUAAUGUAAACAAGUGUACUGCUUCGCAUUUUGUAGCCGAAGCAAGGAAAAAAGGCUUCACAGUACGCAAGCAUUCUUCAGUACGUCUGGCUUCUCGCAAGACAGUCACCAGCUUAGUAGGUGCACAAGGUCGGCCACUGCACGUCGACGAUGACGAUUGGAGUGUUGUCUUUGAGCUGCGUCUUGAAUGUUCUAAUAAAUAG